AUGAUUGCAUUGCAUGCAUUGCCCGAAUGUAUUGACGAGCGAUCGGUUUGCGGUUACGUUCAACUCAAUAGUAUGGGUAUUAGUUCACAACCUCUCUGUAAGUGUAGGGGAGGUGUUCAGUGCCCUAUGAUGUGGAAUCCCAUGGAUGGUAGGACGGUGUCCCACGGAAAUGACCAGUACAAGUACUGCAAUCGGGCCCCGAGACUGAACUAUUGCGGCAAAGAAGAGAUCGUUUACACCACUUAUUUAGAGACAUCGAUGUUGACGAUGAGGACUCUUAUGAACACUAAUCACAUCCACUGUCUGUGUCCCGCGCAUCACCUCUUUGUAAGAAAUGACACCAAAUUUCAUGACUUAGACGACGGCACAUCCAUCAUUGGAACCACAUUCCAGUGCAAACCC